AUGCUCCAUCUCCGGCAGCGCAUCGCUUCCCAUAUCAUCUCCUCCUCCGCCACCUCUGCCGUCUCCUCCUCCGCCACCUCUGGCAUCUCCUCACUCCGCCGCCUCCUCUGCGCAGGCGCAGCCCCCGUUUCCCCGAACCCCAGUGGAUUCGCCGUCGAGGAGUACCUGGUCGACACCUGCGGCCUCACCCGAUCCCAAGCCAUCAAGGCCGCCUCGAAGCUCUCCCACCUCAAAUCCCCCGCCAAACCCAACGCCGUCCUCGCCUUCCUCUCCGGCCUCGGCCUCUCCCGCGCCAAUGUCGCCGCCGUCGUCGCCAAAGAUCCGCUUUUCCUCUGCGCCGGCGUGGAGAGAACCUUGGUCCCCGUCGUUGACGGCCUCACUGGCCUCGGCCUCUCGCAUUCCGAGAUUAGCGGCCUCGUCUCGCUUGCUCACCGCCGCUUCCGCUGCAGAGCCAUCGUCCCUAAGCUGCGCUACUACCUGCCCCUCUUCGGCUCAUUCGAGAACUUACGCCGGCUGCUCAAGGAUCAAUCCCACCUUCUCUCGAGCGACCUUGACAAGGUGCUGAAGCCCAAUAUUGUGUCCCUGCAGGAGUGCGGGUUAGGUGGUUGUGAUAUUGCCAAGCUGUGUAUCAGUGCGCCGAGGAUACUGGCAACUAACCCGGAGCGCAUACGGGCAAUGGCGGCAUGUGCUGAAAGAUUAGGCGUGCGCCGUGGCUCCGGUAUGUUCAGGGAAGCGCUGCAGGCUGUCUCAUUCCUUGGUGAGGAGAAGAUUGCCGCCAAAGUGGAUUAUUUGAAGAAGACGUUCAAGUGGUCCGAUACUGAGGUGGCCAUUGCUCUGUCUAAGGCUCCAAUGUUGCUGAAGAGAUCUAAAGACCUGCUUAGGCGCAGGUCUGAGUUCUUGCUAUCUGAACUGGGGUUGGAACCGGUGUAUAUUGCUCAUCGGCCCGUCAUAAUCUAUUAUAGCCUGGAGGGCCGGCUCAUGCCUCGGUAUUACGUUGUAAAGUUUCUCCAGGAAAAUAGAUUGGUGGAUCGCAACCUGAGCUACUAUACCGUGGUUAAGAGGGCCGAGAAGGAUUUCGUGGAGAAGUACAUAUGCCCUCACAAGGAAGCUGCACCACACCUCGCUGAAGACUAUGCAACUGCUUGCAAAGGGGAAGUGCCAACUAAUUUCAGAUUUACUUGA